UGGUGUUAUAAGUAGUGGAAGCGUGGAUGCUGUAUAAAACAUAGACCCUGUCAGCGAUAACACAGUGGCUGCGGAAAAGGCUGAGUGAACAGCUGAUCGCUAGAGCCGCAGUGGAGUUUGUAAGGAGCUGAUCAGCUGAUUCCCUACCGGCAGAAUGGUUACGCACUUUGACCAUCUUACCGUUCUUGCCCUUGUUCUUGUCACUGUACUUGGCGUGCUUGGAAAAUAUUCCCUCAUUGAUGCUGCCGAGAGGAACGACACUUUAACACAAGGACCAUCAAAUAGCAGCUUCGGUGAUGAGGAGGAUACCUUAGAUGAAGGUGACGACGUCGAAGUCAACUUAACUAUGACGUACGUCCCAGAAGAGGUGGUUGAGAACAGUACCAGUAUUUGGAGGUUUAAUGACAGUAUGAAUGCAACUAGUGUGAACAAGACGGAAGACAGUCUGUAUGCGAACGGUAGUAUAACCGGUUUCACCCCAGCAACGCCGGUAAACAAAUGUGUCGCGUGUGCUUUGAGGGAGGAUGACCGCAAGUAUAGAAUUGCGGUGAUUAAGAAUCAGAUUCUUGAAAAACUGCACUUCCACAGUCCUCCAAACAUGACCGGCAGAACGCUGCCCAAAGCGCCAAAGAUCGCUCAGCUUCUCGAGAGGUCGGGAAUACAAGGGGAUUCACCAGAUCACUACGGUUACCAUGACAAAUACUUUUUUGAUGAUCGCCUCUACGGCCAUACAGAACGUAUCUUCACUAUUGCUAAAACACCUCCUCCGGAUCGUAAUUUGAACGAGAGUUAUGUGGCAUACUUCAAUCUUCCCGAUGAGACAAGAGACUCCUAUAUCAAAAAGGCAGUGCUGUGGUACUACGUGAGACCGUCAAAGCAGCAGAAAACGGCGGUUGAGCUGCAUAUCCGUACAUUUAAACCCCAGGAGUACAGUCCGCCCCGGAAAAUAUAUCUACGAUACAAAAAACUUUUCCCUAAGAGGUCUCGGAACUGGCAUCAGUUGGACAUUAGGAAGACUGUGCAGGAUUGGGUCGACAGACCCUCACUCAACUUUGGAUUACAGAUGACAGCGUUUGACCAUACCAUGAGGAAUCUUAUCGUUACACCCCCAACGUCCUCGGAUGAUGCAGGCUAUGAACCCAUGAUUGAAUUGAAGACGGUAAAACGGAAUUAUAAACGUGUAAGAAGAAGCGCCAUCAGCUGUGCUGCCAACUCCACCGAAGAUCGUUGCUGCCGCUACCCCCUCCUCGUGAACUUCGUCGACUUUGGUUGGGACUGGGUAAUCGCCCCCCGUGAUUAUAAUGCCGAUUACUGUUCAGGAGAGUGCCGUUAUGUGAUGCAGGACGAAAACCAUCAUAGUUACCUGCAGCAACAAGCCACAGACACCGGCCCCUGCUGCACGCCCACGUUGAUGUCCCCUAUUACAUUGCUCUACUUUGACCACGAGCACAAUAUUCUGUUCACAAAACUCCAAGAUAUGAAAGUCGAAAGGUGCGGUUGUGCUUGAUUCGGACUGUAUUGCAGACAAAGAGAACAGGUAUUGCAUUGCAUGAUUAAAGGUCUACCGAAGUCCUCGUCUUUCGCCAUCGGUUUUGCAAUCCCAAUACGGCGCGGGAAUGUGAUGGGGAAAACAUUGCCGAUCGGAGAUGUUUGGCGCCAUGUGAUGGAUUACCAUCCAUCUGCCCUUAAUAAAAUUGACUGUGCUUUUGCACAAUUACCAUAGCAGUGAAAACUCCUUUUUUGAGGCUUAGUUUAGGAAGCAAUAGAGAAAAGCUCGUUAUUAAUGAUCGAAGCAGCCCAUCAUUGCUCGGUCAGAAGUUGCCUCUGAAGUUGCUACUACCGUACUAAAAGUGGACUCGAAGCCUCUCGUGAUGACCGUGACAUCACUGUAAUCCUAUAAGGCUAUUAUCCACCGAUCUUGUGCACACAUAAUUGUGGGUUAAUCAUACGUCAGUCUUAAAUUCUUCUCGACUUGUUCCAAACUAUGACGUCUGUUUCAGUAAUAAUAUGUGAUGUGCGAUUCUCAACUACAGUGCUCGCGCAAGAGCUUCGCGUAAUCUUCAGAUGAUAUUGGCCUCCUGUUAGAAUAAUGACUGUAUUAGCACUAGCUUAAGUUAAAGUAAAUUAGUACCUCUGAAACAACGAUUGCAACACAGGUACGAUGCAUUUAUAUAUCGUUGAGGAGUUUCAAUACGCCCUUUAUAAGGUAAACAUGUACAAAUAUACUGUGAGGUACACUAAACACCUAGAUAUGAAGUUUCCAUAGACGUCCCUUGAUUAACAAGCUAUAUAUAUGUAUGAAUAUAGUGUGUAUCUUCUGUACUUAAUGUUCACAGAAAUGCAAUGAUACAUCACAUUGCUGCAAGCAAUGAUUCUGUGCUGACUUAGAAUCGCCUAUUUCAUACGUGAAUGUUCAAAAGGAAACGACAAAACUGUAUAUAUGUUUGCGAUUAGAGUGUUUUGACCUAGAGACACAAUGUAAUUAUCAAAUGAAAUUAUAUUAUCUGUGCUGUUUAACACUAUCAUUUUUUGUAAAUAUUCUGUAGCUUGUAAAUUGACUUACAUCUAAAUAUGUCAUAUAUUUGCCUAACAAUGCAACGAAAAUUUUCAUUAAGUAAUACAAACUAUAAGGGUGUUAUUUGUGACAAGCUAACCUUCAGAGAAAGUUACCACGAAACCGACCUUGUCUUUCAGCUUAUGGCAUGACAUCCAAUCGCCUAUGAAACAUGCCUUUAACAUCAGACUUAAUGAAUUACAUGCUUGAUCUUAUGCAGUGUGACAAUAAUGGAGUAAUUUGUAACAGACUUGUUUUAAAUGGCAUUAACAUGGAACACUUCCGUAUUGCAUGAAUAUUCUAAAUUAUUGUCAACGGUAUUUGCAUGUCCAUGUACUGUAUUUGCUGAUGUGAUCUUGGGUCCCGAUCCACAAAGCGUUCGUAACGUUACGACCUGUCGUAACUCUAUAGUUUACCAUUGGCUUACGAAUGUCGCAGCGCUACGAACGCUAUGUGGAUCUGGACCCUGGACUUUACUGAUGUAACAUCUUGGUACAGUGGUUCAAUAGACAUGCGCUGAGAGAAGAAAGUGCUUGCGCGGCUGUUUCGUAUAAUUUGUCUUGUGAUUUAUGUUUAAAAUGGCCAUGCUUAUUAAUCUAGGAAUCUUUUCAAGACAGUAAAUAACUGUUAAGUUAUGCGUGAAACAGGGAUGUCAGUAUAUAGGAUGUCCUUUAGAAUACACUUUGUUUAUGUGUGGGUGAAAAUGUAGGUAACUCAUCAGUGUCUGACAAUGUUACACAGCACUGCGUCUUGUAUCAGCUGGUGUUCUUGUUACAUGUUAACCUGUUGUUCUGCAUCACACCGAUGUCAGCUGUAACUCGUGGUAUCUAUUUGUGUUUGCCAUUCAAUUUUUAUAUACCAGUUACUACAAUCGUGUUGCAAUAAGAAGGUUAAACUACGUAAAACGCCCAUUUUCAAGUUAGACCUGCUUAAGGGAUUGGCAUAAUAGCCAUGCUCUGAAUGAACAAUGUAAGAAAAAAUACAUAGUUCUUUUCGUGAAACCUUUGUUAACAUUACGCUGAACUCUUAAUCAAUAUUAAUGAACUACUGAAAUCGAGGCGGUUGACUGCCGAGUGGUAAAAGCGUUCGCUUUGCGCGGCCUGGAUUAGAUUCCCUGCAUGGGAACAAUUUAUGAAGUCUGUAUUGUACCCUCAUGUGAUUAAACUGUUGAUACAAUAUUAAAAGCGGCUUAAAAAUAUGGAUAAGUAAAACCCAGAGAUGACACCAGGUGUUAGCGACACAUGCCACGAGAUACAAUACAUACCACGAGUUCGCCGGUUUUGUUUGAAUAUAGGGCAAGAAUAAGCCGCACAAUGUUUUAGUUGUUAAGCUUCAUUUGAAUAGAUAUGGUGUAUUUGUGAUCUUUACCUGUGAUAACACUGUUCUGCGUAUAUGGGCCUUUCUCUUAAAUGUUGAAAUUAUGCAAAGAAUGUUUGGAGAACUCACGACAGCUUAAUACGAUUUACAUAUGUUUGAAAUUC